AUGGCUCCCGGGAGCUUGGCCUCCAGUGACACCUUGAUCUCCUCGGCCUCGCUGACCUCCAUGACCUCCACCUCCGGGUGGUCUGGGGCUCUAAAGCCAGGCCCGCGCCAGCAUGCCGUCCCACCACCACGCCGCAACCCCCCCAUGCUGCGCAUGGUGCUGGAGGCGCUGCAGGCGGGCGAGCAGCGCCAGGGCACCUCGGUGAUGGCCAUCAAGGUGUACAUCCUGCAGAAGUACCCUACGGUGGACGCCAUCCGGCUCAAGUACCUGCUGAAGCGGGCCCUGGACACCGGCAUGCAGCGCGGCCUCCUCAUCAGGCCCGUCAACUCCAGGGCCAGGGGGGCCACUGGCAGCUUCAAAUUAGUUCCCAAGCAAAAAAAAAAAAUCAAGCCCAGAAAGACAGCCACCGUGUCGGCCCCCCGGAGACCUAGGGAGGCCAAGGAGGAGGCCCCCAAGAAAGAUGGCCAGACCAAGGGCGAAGAGGCAAGAGGGGGCAAGGCCAGGAAGGCCCCCCAACAGGCAGACAAGGCCACAAAGGCCCCUCCUGGUGCCAGCGGGCCCCAUGGGAAGUUAAAGGUCAAAGGCAAAAAGGACAGCUCAGCAGACGCCAAGGCCCCCAGGAACGCCAAAGCUGGGACUCAGACUUCUAAACCCACCGUCCCCAAGAGUGAAAGCGGUGUGACUUCCCCAGCCAAAAAGAAGACGGGGAACAAGGUCCUUAAAGAGGCCACUGCCCAGGGUGCCAGGAAAGGGUCGAAAGCCAAAGCUGCGGCUGCUCCUAAGGACAGCGAGUCCAAGGUGGUGCCUGGGCCACUGAAGAGGAAGACGGAGGUCCCCAGGGGCCCCAGAAGGCCUGGCAUGCCUACCACGGCCUCCUCAUCCCAAGAGACCAGUGUGAAGGCAGAGGCCAAGAGCUAGAGGCGGGGUGGAGAGACACUAAGACUCAGAGUUUUUAUUCCCCCAAAAAACAUCACUUUAUUUUACUGUAACCUAUUUAUCAAUAAAGAA